AUGGCUCAAGCAUCCAACAGAGAUUUGACUGAACUUAUUAUGCGUCCCAAUACUGGCACAGUUGGUAAACAAGUACGUGUACGAAGCAAUUUCUUUGAAAUGACUAGUAUUCCAACUCAAAAUAUACAACACUUGAAUAUUCAAUUCCUACCGGAGGGUACAUCUCUACCUGUUCGAAAAAAGUUGUGGCAAUGUUUUGAAGAUAGUCUCAAAGGUCGAGCUUUCCUCAACAAGAUCAAACCGGUUUUGAUGGUCGUGCAAAUCUCUUUUCUCCAAAACCUCUCAAAUGUGGUGAUGAUAAUCUUGGUCAACCUUCAACAAGGAAAUCGUUCUAGAGGUGUUUUCAAGUUAAAAAUCAAGCCUGUAGGUGUAAUCAACAUGAGUGAAUUACAAUUACUUUUGGAUGGAAAGUCUAUUAUUACCAACAACUGCUUGAUGGCCAUUAGAGUCCUUGACACAUUGUUUCAUUACUUUCCAUAUAUCUAUUAUACUACCAUGGGUCGAUCCUUUUAUACUCCCCAAGGUAAACGUCCAUUACCCAAUGGUGCUGAAGUGUGGCAAGGCUUCAAUCAAUAUGCUCGCCCUACUCAAGGCAAAAUGAUGGUCAAUAUUGGUGUUAGCUCCAUCGCUUUCUAUCAACCUGGUCCUCUUCACGAAAUGUUACCCAAACUACUUGGCCGCCACAGUCUUGGUGAACUUCGUCGUGGUAUUCCUGACCGUGAACAAUCUCAAGAUCGUUGUUGUCCAUCGUGUGCUGAAAAACGAUUGAAGUACAAGAUUAACAAGCUCACUCCUACCUCUGCUGAAAACACUGUAUUCAAGGAUGAUACUGGAAAUGAAGUGACCGUUGCUCAACACUUUCAAAACACUUACAACAGACGUUUGGCCUUCCCUUUCUUACCAUGUGUUGUUGUCAAGAAGAAUACCUUUUUGCCUAUGGAAGUUUGUGAAGUAGUUUCUGGUCAAUGCCCUGUAGAGACACCGAAUGACUAUCAAAAAGGUGAAAUGAUCAAGUUUACUUGGAAUACACCCAAUGCGCGUGCCAACUUGAUCAAUCAAGGUAUCGACAUCCUCGACCACAAGGACAAUCCGUAUGUUCAACAAUUUGGUGUCAGCGUCAAGCCUGAUAUGACCAUGAUCUCUUUUCAUGCUUCUUCGGAAGAUGCUAGUUUUACUCCUGUCGGUGGUACUUGGAGUCUCAGUGGUAAGAAAGUCGCAAACGGUGCCACCUUGAAAUCUUGGUCUGUCGUCAAUUUUGCAAGCAGUAUCAAUGAUGGUUCGAAUGUCAUCAAUCUUGAACCACCAAUUACUCAUGCUGAUCCUCAAGGCGAUGUCGAACGCACUCUCAAGGAAGCUUGGUUGAAAGCUGGUAAUGCUACCAAGGUUAAACCUGAAUUAAUCUUCUGUAUCUUGCCCAACACUGGUGUUCAAAUCUAUGCCGACAUCAAGCGUGUCUGUGAUACAGUUAUUGGUAUCCCCACUCAAUGUGUGAAAACGAAAUAUGUUGCCAAAGCCGAAAGAACGUAUAUUGCCAAUGUCAGUUUGAAACUAAUUUUCAAAGUACCUUUUUCUCCACAACAAACUACUAUCAUCUUUGGUGCUGAUGUUGCUCAUCCUGAUAAUAGUGAUGUGAAAACACCUACCCUUGUUGGUUUGACUGCAAGUAUGGAUUCCUAUGCCUCAAGAUAUGCCUCCGCUAUCCGUGUUCAAGCCAACCAUACUGAAAUAAUAGCUGAUUUAGCCAAUAUGGUCAAAGAACUGUUGACAAAAUUUUAUCAAACUGUGAGGGGACAUUCCAGAAAACUCAAUUUAAUCAAGUUUUCAAACUUACAAACCUUCUGUACAUUUGUGGUUGUUCAAAAACGUCAUCAUGCUCGAUUCUUCCCUGUUGAACCCCGUGAUGCCGAUCGAAGUGGUAACUGCCAACCUGGUACUGUCGUGGAUACUGAUAUCGUACAUCCUUUCGAAUUUGAUUUUUAUCUACAAUCACAUGCUGGUCUUCAAGGAACCUCUCGUCCUGCUCACUACCAUGUACUUUAUGAUGACAACAAUUUUUCUGCCGAUGCUCUUCAAGAACUCACUUAUCGUCUGUGUUAUAUGUGUCAAACAACGACCAAUGCACUUUCAAUAUGUGCCCCAGUAUACUACGCAGGAAUCUUAGCCGAAAGAGCCAGGUACUACCAAAAAGGAAAAAAUUGGAAUAACGUUACUGAUAACACAAACCAACUGAUAAAUAACGAACUAGCAACCUUCGGUUGUAUAAAACCUGAAUUGAAGAAUACAAUGUUCUUUUUGUGA